AUGGCUAUUACUUUCAAGAUGAUGACUUUCAUGAAUAUGCGAAGGAAAGGAAACGGUUUCCAAAAAACUAAUCCGUUUUCUUAUAGAACUUGUUUGCAUUCUUCCUUUGCUCUUGCAAUUUUGAUUCUACUACUGCAUCACCAUACAUCACUUGCUACUAUUAUUAAUAUUUACACUGAUAAAGCUUCUCUUCCUGCAUUGAAAUCUCGCAUUUAUUCUGAUCGAAACAACAUCUUAGCUAGAAACUGGUCUUCUUCUAUCCCAGUUUGCAACUGGAUUGGAUUUACUCGUGGCUCCCGUCACCAUCGAGUCACUGCUUUAGACAUUUUUGGCAUGCAACUUUAUGGUACCAUUCCUCCACAUAUUGGAAACCUUUCAUUUCUCGUCUCCCUCGACAUCAGUGACAACACUUUCCAUGGUCGUUUACCCGAAGAGUUUGCUCAUUUACGAAGGAAUCUUAGAGUACUCUGGAUUGGUGAUAAUCUGUUAGAUGGUGUUUUGCCUCCAUCUAUUGGUAAUUUAUCCAAACAUCUAGAUUCUUUUGAUGGAAGUGGUUGUAAACUUAAGGAUGUCAUCCCUCAAGAAAUCGAAGGAUUCAACGAAAGCAACUUGCUUGGUAAUGGAAGUUUCAGCACGGUCUACAAAGGGAUACUUAAGGAUGGUACCCUUUUAGCAGCAAAGUCACUGUAUAGACUUGAUAUAACAAUAGAUGUUGCGUCGGCAAUAGACUAUCUCCAUAAUGGCUAUUCAACACCAGUGGUUCAUUGUGACCUGAAGCCAAACAAUGUCUUGAUAGAUCAUGAAACGGUUGCUCAUGUAAGUGAUUUUGGCAUUGCAAAAAUGUUUGGUGCAGGGGAGGCUUUUGUCCAAACAAGAACAUUUGCAACCAUUGGUUAUUUUGCUCCAGGAAUAUCAUAG